AUGGACACUGCGGCGCCCAACCCUGAGGAGAGGUUCCGCCAUUUGUUUACUCAACUCGAUCAGCAGUCCGUGUGGCAAGCCCUUCUCCCAUCAAAGCAUCUCGCCACCGUCCGCGUUGCGGCGGCAGACCCCGCGUCUUGGCGCGUCUUCCUCGCGGGAAACCCGCCCAAUCCGCAGGAGGCCAAAGCGAAAGCUGCGCCAGAGAAUGCACCUACAUCCUCUCCAAAGACAGAACCCAAAGAGAGUGAAGACCAGGAAGAGCCAGCCCAAAAUGGCGUUGAAAAUGACAGCGCUGGCAAACCGGCAGCCCUGACCGCAAGCGCAGACGCUGAGCCACAGGACGUUGAAAUGCAACCGAACGGCACAGCGUCACCCGCUCCGUCAUCAUUGCCAAUCCCCGCCAAGUUGAAGCCUAUCCCAGCCAAAUCCCCCUCUCGUCGCACCCCACUCAGCAGCCCGCGAUCGCGCCGCGACCAUCCUUUCAAGUUUGGCCGUUUCGACGGCGACGAUGUCGCGAUUCUCAGCGCCAUCGUUCGUCGCAGACUCGCUGUCGCAUCUGUCGACCACCAGAUGUUUUAUAACGUGCCUGGCGCCCUUCCUCUGGAUGACGCCCGUUACGAGAUUGACGUGGGCAUGCUUGAGGGAGAUGACGCCGGCUACGCAUCAUUUGAACAACUUGAGCGAGAGGAAGAGGCUUCCAAGACUUGCCACACGGGGCCGUACGUGCUGCUUGGCUGUGAUGAGGACACGGAUGGAACCUCUUCCGACUUGUUGUCAUCGGAUGAACGAAGCAGCCCGGGUCUUCAAUCGAAAGAGCGUCACAUCAGGUCGACAUCAACCCUAAAGCGCCCCCGUCGUACUACCGCCGCGUUUGGACUGUCCGAUAAGAUGGAGCGUUUUAUCCGCGAGCUGCGCGUGCUAUGUGAACCGCAUCGGGACGCCGCUCAAGUAGAGAGCGCUCAGAAGAGAGACGUCCCGAAGAACAUUCAUCGCAAAGCUGUGUCCGCCGCAAGUGUGGUUGAAGAACUGAAAGAAAUGGAGUACAAAGCCCAUAUUGGCAAGUAUGAGAGAGUCGAGGAGUGCAUAUCUGCAGUAUCGGCAUGUAUCGGCAACCAAGAUAAGACCUUUGCAGAAGUGCUUACCCAGAUUAAGGAUCGCGCCAAUGACCUUCGCGACGAAUAUCGCAUCCGAAAGGAACGCCACUUAGCUUUAAUGAAAGUCAAGACGUUAACAACGGGAGUGCUUGGUUCAGAUGUGGAAUGGCUUGAGUCCACCGAUGAUGACGAUAUGGAUGAGGACAUGCCAGAGCUUGACGCCGGUCGUCAAACUGACGAAUGGAAUGCGUCCCAGCCUGCUCCCUCAAUUCCGUUUGCUGAAUCAGAUCUUGAAUGCUGGCCCAGCAACGAUGAUGCGUCGAUUCUUGAUGUCAGUCCAGAGCGUCCCCGUCUACCAAUUUUUGAGAGCAACCCCGACCAGAGCACACCGAGCGAUAGUAAGAAAAGAAGCGACAUCCAGAAAGGCCCGGACAGCAUUAUAAGCAUUCUUGGGACAGAUAAUCACAUCAUGAAGAGCAUCUUUUCCUUGCAUCGUGUACGGAAACUACGAGAACAGAUCGCUGUGAACUGGGCGUUGCUCAACAGAAGGCGGCUGGCGAUGCGGACCUCGAACAAGUCUCCGCCUCUGUCAACCGUGCGGAGUUCAGUAAAAAUGGAAGACGUACUUCCUAAUAAUAGCUCGUCUCCAGGGAGAUCGAAGUUGAUCCCCAGUGCUGCGGUGGGUGGCCAUGGCGGAGACCAAAUUGAUGAAGAUUUCGAGAUUAGAAAUGAUGCAUUGGACGUCACUGAAAGAGACAAUAAUGCCUCCCGGGAGGAUUCACGUGAACGCGCAAUGGGACGCGCUGUCGUUGCUGUAAUGUUUACACAUGCGGGAUUUAAACAUGCGUCGUCCCUAGCUGUAGAAGUCCUAACUGAUGCACUUGAAGAUUUUGUCGAAAGAAUAGGACAGUCACUGGUUUCCUGUCGGGAAAACAUCGAUCGACCGUACUCGAAGGUAGACUCCGAAGGUGUGGCUUCGCGGAAGCCCUCGAAAGAGGAAGUAUUUGCAAUGCUAGAUCUUGUCUGCGAAUCUGGGUUUCAAGGCAAUUUUUAUGACCUUGAAGGAUAUGUUCGGUAUGACAUUCUUCGCAACGAGCAAGGCUUGCGUGAGGCCGAAUUAAGGCUUCGAGCCCAGAUUACGAAGCUCAACCAAGAGAUGGCCAAGACAGAGACACGGCAAACGGGUAGCGCUUCGUCCGCUGCCGACGCGGGACCCGCCAAUAUCACCCCAGAACAGAAUAAGAGCCCGGCAUCUCAGGUGUUUACACCCAGAAAUGAUGUACGGCUUGACGGCAACGCUUUUACUUUUGGGUACCUAGGAAGUGGCGUCUGCCUGGACGUUCUCGGGACAAUAAAAGUACCACGCAAGCUUGCUGGCGACACUCCACGAUUGGAGGACGUCACUAUGGCUCCUGUGUCUGUUUCGGACAAGGAGAACGAAGGAUCUAAAGACCCUGAUAAGGCGCCAAAUUUCCUGGCUUCUGGAAGUGGGUAA